CGCUGGGCUGGAGGUGGGGGCCGGGCUCCCGCUGGGCUCGUGCGUUCUGCGCCCGCCGCGGCGGUGCCGAGCCCGCUGCCUCCUGAUUGUCCUUUGCGGCGGCAGCGGUCGCAGCCUCCUUGCCUCCGGGCCCGGGGCUGCAGGCGCCAGAGUGAGCGCACGUCCCGCGGCCGGCUGCCCCGAGCAGUGUUCCUUUUCUUCGUGGAAACGGCCUGCCCGAUACAUAAAUCUUGGUAGACAGCGUGGCUGCAGCCGUCGAGCUGGAAUUCCCUGCAGCUUUGUGAGCCGAGCGUGUUUGGAGUGUGGCGUCCCAGCCUGCAGCCUGCAUCAUGCCAGCUUUGUCAACAGGAUCUGGGAGUGACACAGGUCUGUAUGAGCUGUUGGCUGCUCUGCCAGCCCAGCUGCAGCCACAUGUGGAUAGCCAGGAAGACCUGACCUUCCUCUGGGAUAUGUUUGGUGAAAAAAGCCUGCAUUCACUGGUAAAGAUUCAUGAAAAGUUACACUACUAUGAAAAGCAGAAUCCCGUGCCCAUCCUCCACGGCGCGGCAGCCUUGGCCGAUGACCUGGCUGAAGAGCUUCAGAACAAGCCGUUAAACAGUGAGAUCAGAGAGCUGUUGAAACUACUGUCAAAACCCAAUGUGAAGGCUUUGCUCUCUGUGCACGAUACUGUGGCUCAGAAGAAUUAUGAUCCUGUAUUGCCUCCUAUGCCUGAUGACAUUGAUGAUGAGGAAGACUCCGUAAAAAUCAUCCGUCUGGUCAAAAAUAGAGAACCACUGGGAGCUACCAUUAAGAAGGAUGAGCAGACAGGGGCCAUCGUUGUGGCUAGAAUCAUGAGAGGAGGAGCUGCCGACAGAAGUGGUCUUAUUCAUGUUGGUGAUGAACUUAGGGAAGUGAAUGGGAUACCAGUUGAGGAUAAAAGGCCUGAAGAAGUAAUUCAGAUUUUGGCUCAGUCCCUGGGAGCAAUUACAUUUAAGAUUAUACCUAGCAUCAAGGAGGAGACACCAUCGAAAGAAGGCAAGAUGUUUAUCAAAGCCCUCUUUGACUAUGACCCUAAUGAGGAUAAAGCCAUUCCAUGUAAGGAAGCUGGGCUUGCUUUCAAAAAGGGAGAUAUUCUUCAGAUUAUGAGCCAAGAUGAUGCAACGUGGUGGCAAGCGAAGCAUGAAGGCGAUGCCAAUCCCAGAGCAGGCUUGAUCCCUUCAAAGCAUUUCCAGGAAAGGAGAUUGGCUCUGAGACGACCAGAAAUAUUGGUUCAGCCCCUAAAAGUUUCCAACAGGAAAUCAUCUGGUUUUAGAAGAAGUUUCCGUCUUAGUAGAAAAGAUAAGAAAACAAAUAAAUCCAUGUAUGAAUGCAAGAAGAGUGAUCAGUAUGACACAGCUGAUGUACCCACAUAUGAGGAAGUCACCCCCUAUCGGCGACAAACUCAUGAGAAAUACAGACUUGUUGUGUUGGUUGGUCCUGUAGGAGUAGGUUUGAAUGAACUGAAACGAAAGCUGCUGAUCAGCGACACACAACACUACGGUGUGACAGUGCCCCACACUACGAGAGCAAGAAGAAGCCAGGAGAGCGAUGGUGUUGAAUACAUUUUCAUUUCCAAGCAUUUGUUUGAGACAGAUGUCCAAAAUAACAAGUUUAUUGAAUAUGGUGAAUAUAAAAACAACUACUACGGCACAAGUAUAGACUCGGUUCGGUCUGUCCUGGCGAAAAACAAAGUUUGUUUGUUGGACGUUCAGCCUCAUACAGUGAAGCAUUUAAGGACGCUGGAAUUUAAGCCGUAUGUGAUAUUUAUAAAGCCCCCAUCAAUAGAGCGUUUGAGGGAGACAAGAAAAAAUGCAAAGAUUAUUUCAAGCAGAGAUGACCAAAGUGCUGCCAAGCCCUUUACAGAAGAAGACUUUCAAGAAAUGAUUAAAUCUGCACAGAUAAUGGAAAGUCAAUAUGGUCAUCUUUUUGACAAAAUUAUAGUAAAUGAUGAUCUCACUGUGGCAUUCAAUGAGCUAAAAACAACUUUUGACAAAUUGGAGACAGACACCCAUUGGGUUCCAGUGAGCUGGUUACAUUCAUAACUAAGGGAAAUUCCCAUAAUCAUUUUUCUUUUGGUAGAGUGCAUGAUUAAAUCAGUUACCGUUUUGGUGGGAGGGUUUUUUAGUCUAUAUCACUGCUAUAGAUGUGCAAUCUUGGUUAAAACUGAUUGUUGGUUUUGUUUGUAUAUUUUUACAGCUUUAUUUCAAACACAAUGUUUGAGUAUAAGAUCCCAAAUCAAAAUUUGCAGAGUACUAUAUUCUGAGCAAAGCUUUGAACCUUCUGGUUGUCUUUAAUAUACAGCUCUAGCUCCGAGAUAAGGUUGAACUUUUUAGAGAGGCGUAGCUAGAGGAUAUAUAUUGGAGUUCAGCGCUUCAGCUGGACUCAGACAUGGUCACUGCCAUCAGGCUCGCAUGUUAGCAGGAGAAGGUGUUAACUUGGCUGCCUUGAGCAGCUCCAGACAGAGGGGACAGCUUUGCUGUUUUUUUUGGUGGGUCAUCAUAGGUUCACCUGGGCUGGCAAUAAGGAGGAGUCUUCCUACUAUUCUAAAAGUACAACCUUUUUCUUACAUAUACACAAUGUAUUCACAGUGUGUACAUUUAAAAAUCUUAAAGGAAUUACUGAAAAUUUUCCUUAGUGACUGGUCUUCAUGUUAUAGCUUGAGAAGGCCAUAUGAAUACAUAUAAUGACUCAACAAAUUUUAAACGUCUAUCUUCCCUUAUUAAAUAUUAUUAUACAUAUAACUAAAAACCUUUCCUUACAGCAUUAACCUUAGUAAGAAUGAUGAUAUCUUGGGGCAAGUAAUAAUUACGAAAGAUAUUUUUAUUUGUAAAUAUUCAGACAACAUUUAUGGAGUCACCAAAAGGGUUUUUUUUUAGCUGACUUUGGCUUUUCCCCAUAAAUUAUAAGAAUGUGAUUCCUAUUCUAAAAGUAAAUGUUUUACAUGUUACUGAUAUAUACGUUAAAUAAAAUGUGAUCAUUUGUCACAUAUGUGCAAUUGAUCACCAUAUAUUGAAAUUUCACUAACAUGUAUUUUAGAAAACUUUCCAUGUAAUGUUAAUUUAUUUCUUCAUCAUCAAAAGAAUUCUUAACACUGGCUAGAUACCAUCCUAAUCUUCCCAUUUUUAAGGAAUUUUAAGAAAGACUCUUAUAUUGUAGAUAUUUAGAUGGGAUCUCUCAUUUUACUUAGAUACUACUGAUCUUCAGCAAGUAACUUAUAUCGCUUAAAAUGCUAGAAAUGUCCUGCCAUUCUUGCACGCGGUAAGACCCUGCCAAUCCAAAGUCAUUGCAUCUGUGACUUUCAAACAGAAAAAAAAGACUUUUUGUUGAUUUGUAAAGAAAGUUUAGAUGUCAUGUUUAAAAAAAAAAUAGAAUGUAGUAAAAUUUUAUAUAUUUAUGAAAUAUUUGAAAAGCAUAUUUUUUUAAUUAUCAAAUGGGGCUAUUCAUAAGAUAAACUGAUUGUAUGUAAAGAUGUCCUAAUUUAAAAUAGUAGUUUUAUAAGUCAGGGUCAACAUUCCAUGUAAAUAUUUGACCUUAUUUGUACACAGAUAGAUCCGCACGUGUUAUAUGUGCACUGCACAUUUGAUAGCAUUAUCCACUGGAUUUCCUUCAGACCUGUCAAAUUUCAUGUUAGAAACAGAGACAGAGACUACUGGACUGGCCUUGAACACCAAAAUAGCUAGAUAAUUGAUCAGACUAAAUGUUACUUAACAACAUCAUCCAAACAGUGAGUUCCAAGUUUAUUAGCUAAAUAGCAAGCAAUUUAGUUAAAAAAAAAAAAGUGGGGAAGAGGGCUGCCAAAUCUGAUAUAAAGCCAUCCUUUAACGUUGUGUGGCCGGUCUAAGAAAAGACAAGUCUUCCAUACAGAGUUUGGGUAGAAUAUUCUCCUCUUGAACAUUGACUAAAAUUUCCCAUAAAUCAAGAUUUCCUUUACAAAGAGUAAUGGGAAAUGUAUAAUAAUUUAGGCAAUCAUCUGAAUAAUUUAGGCAGCCCACAUUCUUUGUUCUGAAACACCUACAUCGAGUUUUUUUUAAUUUGCAGAUAGUUGCCUGAAUUCUUUACUAUGGGGUAGAGAUAAUAGUGGAAGGCAGUGGAAACUGAGUCCUUUGUAUUGGUGGUGGUAACGGGGGUAAUAAAAAGAUAACUGUCCAGACCUUUCUCCCUUUUUACAUUAGAGCUGAACAAUAUUCUUAAAAUAAAAGGGGCACUUUGGUAAUUUGAGAAAUCUUUUUUCAGGUAGCAAACAUGGUCUGCAAGUGACAUUUACAUGGCCAUCUUGAUGCUUAGCGAUUUGGUUAAAAUUUAAUAAGGCAGGGCCAACUCCAAGGGCCUGUUGGUCACUGUAGCAAAAGGCCCUUGAUUCUGUACUUUCUGCACCCCCAACCAGCAAGGAGACUCGCACAUGCUCCCCUCACUCUACUAGUUCUUUCACCAGCUGGCACCCAAGACAGAGUGUCAGCCACUAUUGAGAAAAGACGAAUGUUUACAUUUUUUAGGUCCAUAUAUUUAAAAUCCAAGAUCAAGAAGGAAAUUCUAUAUUCCCAUGAUUAACAAAUUAGAGUAGGUUAAAAAUAAGGUGAAGUUGAAAUCUAAUUUUUUACUAUUAUUUUACUUACCAAUAUAGAUGUUCUUGAUAUCCUUAAGGCUGGCAUUCCUGGUAUCACGUAGUGAUUGAAUGUAUCUAAACUGUAAUAAUUUAAAGUUGACAAAUGUGUAAACUUCUCAGAUCUACAAAACUAUGUUGUUAAAAGCUUCCUGAAGAUAUAGAUUUUUAUUAUUUAUUUUCUUUUUGACUAGUAAGGAUUUAUAAAUAAAUGUAAUGGAAAACCUUUGAUCUUAAUAAAGUAUCUUCAAAUUA